AUGGUAUCUAAACUUGUUUUUCUUACGAUCAUUUUCUACAUAACAUUAGUCCAAUUGGAUUUAAGUGAAGGCAAGAUUUGCUAUCGAUGUGACGAUUUACACCCAUCUGGCAGAUGGAAAUUUUGGGGUGAAAAGAUAACAAAAUGUACUGGUGUUCCGUUUGAAAAAUAUGCUACGAAAACUUCAAGAGCAUUUGGUGCUGCUGUGUUAACAUGCUAUACGAAAUUCAAUGAAUCAGGUGCCGUCAUUAAACGGGAUGCAUAUGGACUUGGUGAGACAUUUGACAAAAACGUCAAAUGUCGUGAUCGAUUUCAUACAUGCUGCAGAACACCAUUUUGCAACAAGCACAUGAAAGCACCUUGUCCACCAUCAGAAAAAAUAACAGCAGAGAAAGAAGUAAAAGCAUGCUAUCAAUGUAAAGGUGCCGAAAAUUGCAGACCUGAACAACUUGAUGGAAGCGAAAUUCGUACUUCAGGCGCAUUUGGUGCCAAGAAUUUAUAUUGUUAUACGGUAUUUAAAAAUAUGGAUCAUUUAAAUAAUAUGUGUGCUGCACUUGUCUCUGUUAAUAAUAUUCUACAAAAACGAAAACAAACCAUGACAGAUAUCUAUAUGAAGUCUACUGCAAUUGAAAAAACAAAAAACAAAGAACAAUUAUCUACAGAUGCUUUACUCUCGUUAAAUCUUACCAAUACUAAAUGCCAAACACCGACAAUAUCACAGUUGAAAUCAAUUACUAAUGAGAAUCAAAAUAAAAGUCAUCAUUUACAUUUUGAAUCAUUGACAGAAGACAAUUUUCAUUAUGCUCAUUUAUGCAAUCGAAGUAUUGAUGAAUUACCAAAUGUAAAUCUUCAUGAUAUCAAACAAUUACAAUUGAUUAAUAUUCAUACAAUGCAAGAUUUACUUGGUCGUUUUCUUAUUCAUGAUGCUCCUGAAGAAUUUUAUACUUUUCUCAUGAAUACUUUUCAACUAAGUGAAAAAACAGCAUCAACCAUCACUAAUCUACUUCAUCAAUGGACAAAACAUAACAUAGAUGCUAUCAUAGAUAAUGAAAACAUUGAUUCUAUGAAAAUAGUUAAUUAA